AGAGAAGACGAAGAGGAAGGCGACCAUGUUGAUUUAAAGGAAGAAGAAACACAAUAGAGGCGAUUUAUUUCAAGCAAAUCCUGAUAAUAACGUGAACUGCGGAGGCAGCAAACAAUCAGCCGCAAACAGCGUACGACGUGUCAAACCAUCGCGAAAAUAAGGUGACAAGCUUCAGUACUUGGCUGACUUGGAGGAGCAAGCGGGUUGAUCACGCCCACUCUCGUACACUUCACACACCGAGGCAGGCCUGUGAUCUCAGGGCAGAGAAGGUCUAACACCUGCAGCGUAAAGGAAACACACACACACAGACACACACACACCCAGAGGACUCCGAGGGAGACUUAAAGCUGUUUUGCUUUGGACUAUAGUACCCCUUGUAUGGUUUUUUGCUUUUCAGGAAACUGCUCUUUCACAUGUGGAGUGACGUGUUCUCACACAGUGGGAAAAUAAAUAUUGAACAUUACAGACUCUAUGAUUUUGGGGAAUAUUUGUGCAAAAGUUGGAAAUCUUAUUUUCACGGACAAAGAUACUGAGCAUUUCUUAUGAACUGGAAGCUAAAGCAAGAAGCAUCGUUGGAAUAUAGCAAAGGAGAAUUUUAACUAUUGAACCAAGAUUAUAUUGAAGAAGCUAUUCCCCAUGUUCAGAUUGCCUUAGUUCUAUUUCAGGACUUGAACUGCUUUGAUACUUGUUCACAUAUAAUUUUCUAUAUUGUGGGCAGGUAUAUUUAUGCACAUGAUUGCAAAUUUCUCUUCAUUUUGAAGAGCUCUUGUAUAAAGACUUUUUUGUUGUUAUUGUUCGUACGUCAGUCACUCUUGUUGAGGGGGACCGAACUGCACGUACGUGUGUAUAUGUAAAUACUACAAAUUGACUUCUGUUGUAAAGCUUUGGACUUAAAAAGGAGAGAGAAUAUUGUUUGUUAAUGCUUUAUUAAACUUUUCUACUUUUGAAGAGAAUUUUUAAAAACAAAAAUCUAAGAGGCAAAAAUUUAAACCUUGAAGAAAAAAAAACUCAAAAAAACUCAAAAAAACAAAGAAGAAAAUGGCAACUGCUAGAACAGAAAAUGUUGGCCCGGUUGUCAUGGGACUGAACAAGCAGAACGGGCAGCUCAGAGGACAGACCAAACCAGCCACCAUCCAGUCAGGACCCACAACUCAAGGAAAGGCCGCGAGCACGCCCCAGAAAGCAGGCAGCGCCCCCCAGGAAGGAGGAGGUAUCAAGUUUGGAGACGACUGGAAAAAGAGCCUACAGCUCCCUCCCAAAGACAACAGGGUCAAAACCUCAGAUGUGACAUCCACCAAGGGGAAUGAAUUUGAGGACUACUGUCUGAAACGAGAACUCCUGAUGGGCAUCUUUGAGAUGGGUUGGGAGAAGCCGUCACCUAUCCAGGAGGAGAGCAUUCCCAUCGCCCUGUCUGGACGGGACAUUCUGGCCCGGGCUAAGAAUGGUACCGGGAAGAGCGGAGCAUACCUUAUCCCUUUGCUGGAGAGAAUAGACCUGAAAAAGGACCACAUACAGGCCAUCGUCAUGGUGCCGACCCGUGAGCUCGCCCUGCAGGUGAGCCAGAUCAGCAUCCAGAUCAGCAAACACCUGGGAGGAGUCAAAGUCAUGGCCACCACAGGAGGCACCAACCUGCGAGAUGACAUCAUGCGCCUGGACGAGACCGUGCAUGUGGUCAUCGCCACGCCUGGUAGGAUCCUGGACUUGAUAAAGAAGGGAGUGGCCAAAGUGGAUAAAGUCCAGAUGAUGGUGAUGGAUGAGGCGGAUAAGCUGCUGUCUCAGGACUUUGUGGUGCUCAUCGAGGAUAUCAUUGGCUUCCUGGCCAAGAACAGGCAGAUCCUGCUCUACUCUGCAACCUUCCCGAUCAGUGUGCAGAAGUUCAUGGCCAAGCACCUUCAGAAACCUUACGAGAUAAACCUGAUGGAGGAGCUGACUCUGAAGGGCAUUACUCAGUACUACGCCUACGUCACAGAGAGGCAGAAAGUCCACUGCCUCAACACACUCUUCUCCAGGCUUCAGAUCAACCAGUCCAUCAUCUUCUGUAACUCCACUCAGAGGGUGGAGCUCCUGGCCAAGAAGAUCACCCAGCUGGGCUACUCCUGCUUCUACAUCCACGCUAAGAUGAUGCAGGAAUACAGAAACCGUGUGUUCCACGACUUCAGAAAUGGACUGUGUAGAAACCUGGUCUGCACCGAUCUGUUCACCAGAGGUAUUGACAUCCAGGCCGUCAAUGUCGUCAUCAACUUCGACUUCCCCAAGAACGCCGAGACUUACCUCCAUCGCAUUGGAAGAUCAGGGAGGUUUGGUCACCUCGGCUUGGCCAUCAACCUGAUCACGUCUGAGGACCGCUUCAACCUGAAGGCCAUUGAAGACCAGUUGGUGACCGACAUCAAGCCCAUUCCCAGCAGCAUUGACAAGAGCCUGUACGUGGCCGAGUUCCACUCCACCAACCCCGACUGCGAGGUGGAGGAGGUCGAGGAGAAGUCGGGGCGCCAACAGGACGGCUCUUAAAACAGUUUUGUCUUCCAUCCAGGACAGUAGGACACACCAGGCUUUUGCACAAACAUCAGCGCUUGCACACAGGCUUCAGGCAACUCUUCAGCUUCACAUUUCACAACCUCAGUUAAUUUCAGAGCCUGUCAAAUGGAUGUAAAGGCUGUUUAUUUUUAAGCAUUUCUUAGGCUUUUCCUCAAUGAGCUGCCUACUGUUCUUUUCUUUUUUUUUUUUUUUAAAUCAGUUGAGAAACCAUUGAACCAUAUUGUUUUGCACCAAACUUGAAUUGGCCCAUGCAUCUUGUAUUUGAGCCUACUUGUCACAGUCCCUCCUUCCUAAAAUGUAUUUUUGUUAAAGCAAUGCUAUUUAUGCAGCAGUGCAAAUGGUUAUCAAAGCUGUUUUGAACCCGUAUAAAACCUUGUCCUUCGAAACUAUUUUCAUUGCCAGCAGAAAGGUCGGUCUCUUCGUAAUGUUACAGUGGUGCACUUAACACCAGCCGUCGUCCUGUCCACUUAAACUGCUGUCGUCACUUAAGUGCCUUACUUACUCCUGUGUGCACCCAUCCAUUCAUAACCUGCUGUCUUCUGUCAUGCAGCAGAGUACGAGCACAAACAAAGUGAGUUAUACGGUAACCCGAAUUUAUUUAGACAUUCGUUAUGCAAGGAACAAAACGUUGCUCACCGUCCUGCUGGGACAUGCAGAAACAUGGCUCAAACUCCUUGAACACCAUCCUGAAUGUGAAUGUUGCAAUAAAAAGGGCAGCUUUAUUUAAACACUGCGUGACUGUUUUCCCUUUCACUAUGAAUUCCAUACGUGCAGAGACGGCCUAAAGGCUUUAGGUCCCUUACUGAUAAUACGGAUGGUAGCCCACAACCGAACGAACGGGGUGGGAAAUUAACACCAGCCACAUGCUGGAUAAUUACGGCUGUCACUUGAUGAGUUAAUCUACUGAACCAGCCGUUUUUAGCCUGUAGCCAGACGCCAUCGUGACGUUCUUUUUCCAUUUAAAAACAAAAAUUAUUUGGCUGUUGAUUAUUGUAAUCCAUCAGCACUGUGGUCGGUGAUGAAAAUUGGUUUCCUGUCCUGCAUCUGAAACUGGUUCACAACAGUUUUGAUCAGCUACUAGGGCUCGUCAAUAAACUUGAUGCACAGAACUGAUCAGUUUUGUAUCGAUGGUCAUCACAGGCUCAGUUAGAUGAGACGCAGAGCUGCUGAACAUGGUGGAUGGAUGGCCUCUGUCGGGUGGUUGGUGCAAAACAAUGGUUUGACUUUUUUUUUUUUUUCCCCACCCCAUCUUUAGGUUUGUCAAAACAAUAUUGUGAAAAUAUACAGUGGAGUUGAUUUAAAUAUGCAUUUUGGAAGCCCUCCUAAGUUACAAUUUCCUUGUUUUGCAUUUUUCUUUUUAAGCCCCGUGCUGACCAGUUCAAGUCUGUGAAUGUAUUUGAUGCCAGAGUACACUUUGCAGCCCAGUGGUUGAAUGCCAAACUCUAAAGCAUUUUUGAAACCUCUCACUUGCAAGUUUUGUACAUAUUUCUGCUGUUGGAUUGAAAUUUGCAUCUCCAAAGUGUAAACUCUAAAGAUUUAAAGAGAUUUAAAAGGGGGAAAAAUUUGCUCUCUGGCAGCCAUGCUCUUUUGAAAUUCUGGGUUUGAAACGGUUUCUCGAACCUUCGGGUCGUGAAAGUAGCUGAAACAAAAAAGGACCACAUAAACCCAUGAUUGUGCUAAAACCACGAAAAUGCAUUUUUUUUUCUGCAACAGCAGUAAUAUCUUCACAAGUGUGAGAGGUUUUUAUUUAUUUUUAUUUUUUUUUAUUAUUUUCCCCCGGCACAGCUAUGUUUUAUUGUGAAAAACGUGAGGGAGUUUGUGAAGGGUGGGUUUUGUUUUGAAAGCAGACUUGUAGCAUCUUUGAACAGGCAGCUGUGACUCUUUGUGUGUGUGUAUGUCCCCCCCUUAAAAAGCUUCACUAAUGAUAAAAGACAGAAAAAAUAUAGUAUUUUUGCUUUUAAAAUUUUUAUUUUUGACAAUGCUUAAAGCAGGUCGGGGGGGGGGGGGCAUUGUGAGGCUUUAGCACUGGGGUGAAGUUUGGGUGGGUUUGCAUAAGCCAAGUCUUUAAAAAGGUGCUCUCAGGGCAUCUUGAAUCUUUCCUUCUCUCCGGUUCUUAAAAACUUCAGCACAACAGUGGAGCACAGCCCGUCGUUUUGAUUGGAAAGUGAAGACGGCAAACAGUAAAAUUCCUCCGAGCAGCUGUUUGCUUUGUGUUUUAAGUGCUGGAGAGAGCGCGGCGACACACAGGAGAGAGUUUUCUCGAAAGCGUUGAAGCACUGUGAUCCUCCGGACGCCGUUCCACGUUCCCGCGAUGGACGAUCCGAGUGUUUGUGGUUUCGUUUUCGACGACGGCUCCCUCCAAAUUCCACUAGGGCAAUCUUUAUACGAGGUGUUCAGGAUCAUUUUGAGGAAACAAAUUGUAAAUGAUUCAUUGUUUACACAGCUCGUUUACAAUUAACUAAAAAAAAAAAAAACAGAAAAAAGAAUAUUUGCUUCAUAACGGUGGAGGUAGAAUUUUGUUUCCCUCUUUUUUUAAAAUAGAUUUUUCAGGAUUUACAUUGAAGCAAAACCAAAAAAGCGGAAUGUUGUGUGAGAGACACUGGGUGUGUGAGUGAUGAGUGUGUGUGAGUGUGAGAGUGUGUGAGCGAGAGAGCGAGACAUCUGUAUGAAUAAGGUGUGUGUGUGAGAGGAUGAGCUGUGUGUUGAUGGCUGUGACUUAAAAAAGACGUUUACAUGCAGCUUCAUGUUUAAGUUUCCAUCUUAUUCCAGCUGAUGUCAUUGGAUUGGAAUGAAAAGGCGUUUCUUGGAGUUUCUGUCGGGUUUUAGGCGGCUGGACGUCCGGCUGACAUGUUUCAGGGCCAUAAACACAGAGUGAGAGGGAAUCUGUCCUGUCAGCAGGUUGAAGCUGCAUGUAGGCGUGUAAAAGGUGUAUGUCGGCUUUCUGUUGUGCUCACACGCACAGAAUUUGUCGUGUUCAUGUUGGCGACAUACAACGUCUUAAAUAUCUGUGUGUGUGUGUGUGUGUGUCCAUGUGUCAGGGAUGGCGAUUUUAUUUAUUUUGUUGUUGUUGUUUUUUUUUUUUUUUCCAUACCCUAUUUGAGGAGCAAGAGGGUAGUGACAUAAAUCUGAUUUUUUUUUUUUUUUUUAUCCCUGGGAAAUUUCCACUUUCCCUUUUCUUUUCCAUGUUUUGUUUUUCCCGAUCCACAUCCCUGAUUUACAUAAUCUCCUCUGUGAACCAGCAGGAAAACAACAGUGUCACGUCUGAACCAUCAAGACUUGAUGCAUUAUUAUUAUUAUUAUUAUUAUUAUUAUUAUUAUUAUUAAUAAUAAUAAUAAUAAUAGUAUUAUUAAUUGAUCAGGCUUUCAACUGUCUGGAUUUCCAAAAAAAAAUAAAGGAACUGUUAUGAGCAAUUAGUCAUAAUAAGUUUAAGCCUAUUUCCAACUUUUGUCAAAGUUUGGCUCCUAAAACCCUCCACCGUUUCAGACUCUGUAUUGCUCAGACAGAUUUCUCAGAUUUCAACAGAAAAUGCAUCGAUCCAUCGCUCUGUCCCUGUCUGGUUUCUGAUGCUCCGGUCACAGAGGAGGCCGCGUGUGUGAAGUGAAUGUUGAGUUUGUCAAAAUGUCUUCUGUCUCAAUGUGUGCACUCUGAACUGUGGAGUCAGGCGUGCUGAUGGGGGGGUGGGGGGUGGGAUGUCGUCAUAAACCAGUUUGGGGUAACUUAUUCAAAAAAAUUCAAAAAAAAUAUUUUGUAAUAGCAGCAGCUAAAGGGUUUGGAUUUGGGAUACGAAGUAGAAAUUGCUGCUUGAAUUGAAAUUUGGCACAUUGUUAAUCGGCGGAAAUGAUAAAUAAAUGCACACCCCCCACGUGAAAUUGUAUUAAAGGCUGAAUCGUCCCGAAUAUUUCUUCGGUGCAUCGUGAAAUUUAAUUGGAGCUCUAUUUGUGCUGCACUAAUAAAUAAAUAAAUACAGAUACGAUCAUGCUCUCAGACGAUUUCAGCCAAAUUUAAUGAGAAACUCGGUAACAAAAUAGUCCGGUAUGCUGGGGAGAGAGUUACAGCAGUGUUUUUUUUUCCUGCCAUACGGAUGGAAAACAGUGGCUAUGAGUGUAAAUUGGCUGUCAAAAUUUUUUUACUUCCAGAAAAACCCCUCCCCUCAUCCCUGGAAAACAACUUAAGUAUUCUCUUUAUUUCAAAAUGUUCUCCUGCAGUCACAAAACAAGACGUUUGAGGUCAUUUUAGAGUUCAGUUGUUCUGUAUCUUCUGUAGUUUUUGUACCUUAGCGGCUAAAUCCCCCCCUUUCCUAAUCCAGUGUUCAGCCCCGAGUCGACUCAAGGUACAAAAUCACAGACUUUUUUUUUUUUAUUAUUAUUAUUUGGAAGAAUUACAUCAGCCUAAAACCUCAUCUGUGUUCACGUAGUCGGUAAAUGUUUCUUUCUGUUUUUUCAGUGUCCAGUAGUUCUCUUUGCCAUGUAGGUCAUUAGGUUAAAAAAAAAAAAGAGAAAGAAAGAAAGGGAAAAAAGUAACAUGUCUGAUUGGCUUGGCAUUGCAACAAAUGGAAAUGUCAUUCGAAAAUGUUAAUGUUUUGUUAAUGUUUGUCCCUUUUUAGUGUCCCUGUAAAAUGCAGUGAAGAGGCAGGAGGUGUUUUCAGUGACUUGUGCUGAUAACUCUGUCCUCUACUGCUCUGAUAACAUGGAAAUAAACGCAGGGGUUAUGAAACUGAAUAAAACUGAUCUGAAGAUGA